AUGAAGUUACUCAUCUUUGGGCCUUGUGGUCUUCUUGCUGCACUUUGUUGCUUCUACCAGCCGACAGAUGCUGCUCUCGCUGCGAUGUCCAUUGAUCUUGGUAGUCAAUUCAUAAAAAUAGGACUCGUGAAGCCUGGUGUGCCGAUGGAUAUUGUAUUGAACAAGGAAUCCAGACGCAAAACUCCAAAUGUCAUCUCCUUCAAGAACGACGAGCGAUUUUUUGCUGAAGCAGCUGCUGCAAUGUCAUCGUCCCAUCCACAAUCAUCUUACAAUUUCUUACUAUCCCUCAUAGCCAGAAAGGAAGGAGACGAUGCUUUCACAGCGUACAAGAAGACCUUCCCGUUCACAGCCUUCGAGUUCGACGAGGUCAAAAAGACUGUGAUCUUCCCUUACAAGGAGGAAAAAUACAACGUCGAGACACUGUUGGCAAUGAUUUUGUGGAACGCGAAGAAAGUGACAGAGGCCUAUGCAGACCAAACCGUGAAGGAUGUCGUUAUCACCGUACCAAUCUUCCUAAACCAGGCUGAACGUCGUGCCAUUGCAACAGCUGCCGAGAUCGCUGGCCUCAACCUUCUUCAGUUACUCAACGACGGAUCGGCUGCCGCUCUGAACUAUGGAGUGUUCCGCAGAAAAGAAAUCACUGAAAAGCCGAUGCACAUGUUGAUUUAUGAUAUGGGAGCUGUGAAGACCACUGCCACCAUUGUGCAAUACGUUUUGGAAUCAACUCGCAAAGACGGAAAAGACAAGCAACCCACACUCCGAACCGUGGGAGUUGGAUAUGACAAGACUUUGGGAGGACUGGAAAUCACCAACCGAGUCAGAGAUCACCUCGAAAGGGUAUUCCGUGACACUGUGAGCACAUCAAAGGACAUCACCACCAAUGCACGUGCUAUUGGCAAGCUGCACAAAGAAGCGGAACGUGUCAAACAAGUUCUCUCGGCCAACACCGAAACCUAUGCUCAAGUCGAAAGUCUUUUUGAGGAGCAGAAUUUCAGAGCAAAGGUAACACGUGAUGAGCUCGAGAAGAUGAUUGAGGACCUUGAACCAAGAAUUGCUGCCCCGAUUCUUGACGCUCUUGGAAUGUCUCAGCUCAAGGUCGAGGACGUCGACUUGAUUGUUUUGAUGGGAGCCGGAACUCGUGUGCCAAAAGUCAAGGAAAUCCUGAAGUCAAUUUUGAAAGACAAGGAAAUCAGCAACUUCUUGAACACCGACGAGGCUAUCGCCAUGGGAGCUGUCUACCAAGCGGCCCAUUUGUCCAAAUCCUUCAAGGUUCUUCCGUUCAACAUCCACGAGAAGAUUCUUUACCCUGUCUUUGUGAACUUCCAAACGAAAACAGAGGAAGGAAGAAUGAAGCCAAUUAGAAAGUCGCUAUUCGGUGAGAACUAUCCAGUGCCAAACAGAGUCAUGCAUUUCGCGUCAUACUCUGAUGAUUUCAAGAUUGAAAUUCAAGACGCUGACAAGAACCCACUCUCCGAGAUUGAGUUCACUGGUGUUAAGGAUGCCAUCGAGAAGGAGGUCACCGAUGAGAACUCUAUUCUUAAGGGAGUGAAGACCACGUUCUCGAUCGAUUUGUCAGGAAUCGUGUCAGUCGAGAAAGCCAGUGUUGUUGUCGAGAAAAUCCCAACUACCGAGGAAACCGAGAAAUAUGAAAUUGAGAAGAAGGAGUUCGAAGAGUGGGAAAAAGAGCAAGAAGAGUUGAAAAAAAAGGAAAAGGCUGAGAAGAAAGAAAAGGAGGAGAAGAAUAAAGCGGAAGGUGAAAAAGCCGAUGAUGAGGAGAAGGAAGAUGAAUCUGAGAAGAAGACCGAGGAUGUCGAAAAGCCAGCUCCAGUCAAGAAGACCAAACCAGUAGAGCCAAAGCCAAAGAAGAUUAAUGUGGCGCUGACAGUCAAGGAGACCAAAACUGACAACGUAGAUUUGAACAAAGAGGAAGUAGCCACUGCUAAAAAGACACUUUCCGACUUCGAGCAAAAAGAGCAGGAGAAGCAUGAUCGUGAAGAGGCAAUGAAUCUGUUAGAGGGACUUCUUUAUGAUUUGGCUGUUCGAUUGGAAGAUGGAGAAGAAUAUGCUGAAUAUGUCACCGAAGAUGAGAAGAAGGCAAUCCUCGAGGAGGUUUCUAUUCUCAAGCUUUGGUUUGAAGACGACGUUUCCCUAGAUACCAAAAAGGAGGAAUUCGACGAGAGAAGAAAGAAGCUCGAGGAGCUCACCGCUAAGCCAAAUUCCAGAAAGCAAGAGCACAUUGAUGUUCCAAAGGUGGCUGAGGUUCUUGAGGAUAAUUUCAAUCGAUCAAUGACUUUCCACGGCAUGGCUCUUAAUUUGACCCAGCACGAGGAGGGCAACAAAACAUUCACCGACACUGAACUCGAGGUGCUCACCAAGUUGAUUGAGACAACGACCGAGUGGUGGAAUGAGAAGAAGGAACUCUUCGAUAAGCAGGCCAAGAACGAAGAACCAGCUGUCAAGGCUUCAGAGAUUGCUGAGAAGGCUCGUGAUUUGGAACGUGAGGUCAGAUACCUAGUGAACAAGCUUAAGAUCGCAAGCUCCAAAAAGACGAAGGAGGAGAAAAAAAAGGCCAAGAAGGAGAAGAAAGACGCCGAAGAGGCCAAGACUGAUGAAGGAGCCAAUGUAGAUGCACCAGAUGCCGAGACACCUCCACCGGCAGAAAACGAUGAAUCAACCACAGCCGAGCCGAAGAAAGAAGCUGAACACGACGCGUCGGAACUGUAA